AUGUUGACGAGGCUUUUCAGUGACCCCUCGCUGCUUCCCGGUGUGCAGAAAUACUCGGGCUGGGCGGAGGACAGCGAUGACGAGGAUUCCAAGCUCAAAGAAGAGGAUCAGGACACCCAGGAGGACACGGAGGGAUCUGAGCUGAGAGGAAGCAGCCGUACGCACUCCGAGCACGCCGGGGAAGACGACGAGGACGAUGAGGUGGAGGAGGAGGACGACGACGGAGAGGAUACAGGGGGGGACAGGCCCAAGAAAAGGGGUCCCAAGAAGCGCAAAAUGACCCCGGCCCGUGUCGAGCGCUCCAAGAUGCGGCGGGUAAAAGCCAAUGCACGGGAGCGUACCCGCAUGCACGACCUGAACUCUGCGCUCGACAAUCUGCGUAAAGUUGUGCCCUGCUACUCCAAAACGCAAAAACUUUCCAAAAUCGAGACACUGCGGUUGGCCAAAAACUAUAUCUGGGCCUUGUCGGAGAUAUUGCGCUCUGGAAAAAGGCCUGACCUUGUGGCUUACGUCCAGACGCUGUGCAAGGGACUCUCCCAGCCCACGACCAACCUGGUGGCGGGGUGCCUGCAGCUAAACUCCCGUAACUUCCUAACCGAACAGCAGUGUCAGGACGGGGGGAGGUACGGGUCCGGCUCCUUCUCCAUGCAUUCCUACCCAUACCAGUGUGCGCGUCUCUCCAGCCCCCACUGCCAGCCGGGUUCGGGCUCAAACUCGCAUCCGCUGAGGACGCACGGCUACUCGGCUUACGAUUCUCUGUACGGUGGGAGCGGAUCUCCAGAGUAUAACAGCCCCGAGUAUGAGGGGCCCCUCAGCCCGCCACUGUGCAUCAAUGGCAACUUUUCCCUGAAGCACCAAGGCUCUGCGUCCCCCGAAAACGAGAAGGGGUACCACUACUCUGCUAUGCAUUACUCCGGCCUGCCUGGCUCCAGAAACACCGGGCCCCACAACCUGGUGUUUGGCUCCUCGGGGGCCCGGAGCGGCAUUCACUCUGAAAACGUCCUGCCUUACCACGACAUGCACUUACACCACGAGAGGGCCCCAGUAUAUGAUGAACUGAACGCAUUUUUUCAUAAUUAA